AUGCAAAAUUCAACUGCUCCAAAAGCAACUAUUGUCGUCUGGACAGAUCUUUCUCGUGAUCAAGUAAGAAAAUUAGAAGAAUUAAAUGAUGCAGAAAGUAUAAAUAAUUUUUUUAUAAAAAUUUUCAACCUUGAACCAAAUACUAAGCGUACAACAAUUUUAUGUGAUCUAUAUUAUUAUGCAUUAAAUUUUGCUCGUACAAAUAGAUUUAAUCAUGAACAAAUCUCAACAUUUAUAAGUAUUCUUAAACGUGUUCAUGAAAUGUGUAUUCAAACACCAUUUGCAAAUAUGGAAGAAGCUUAUAAAUAUUUCAAAGAACUUAUUUUAAAACAUUCAUUUUCUAGACCACCACAGAGUUUACGUAUAUUUACAGCAGAUGGAACUAAAAAAGUAACUGAUUAUAUUGUUGAUACUUAUUUUCGUCAUUAUAAAAUGUAUAAAUUUAUUUUUACUCCAACAAUUGAUUUUAAUUUGCAAUUUACUUAUGAAGGAAUGACUGGGGCAAUACCGAAGACAGAAGAAGAAGAAAAAGAAGAUGUCAAUACAGUUAAAGAUAAUGAAGAAAAACAAAGUCAACAACAAGAAAAACAUGAGGAAAAUUCUCAAUUGACUGAUGUUCGUAAAUUAAUUCAAACAUAUGUGAAAGAUGAAAUUCAAAAAAUACAAAGUACUACUAAUGAACAAGAAACAUUACGUCCACCAACGGAAAAACAUCGAUCAAUUAAAUCAAGCAGUACGAAAACUUCUAAAUCACAAGCACCAAAAUAA